GUGAUCUUUGAGGACAUGGUGGUGGAUCAGCAGCCAGUCAAGACAGCAGGAAUAACAACACAGAAGAGAUCGUGAAUCACAAGAAUCGGUAGUUAAGGGCAAUAAAUAUAUGCUGCUAAAUACGCGACUUGACUCCGGAUCCUCUGCUCGACCAGGAAAGAGAGAACGCAAAUCCAAACCGGACCUAUGUGACUUGUUUUGGGGAGAAGAAGAUCUGAGGUGGAGCUCUGCUGGAGCCGCAGUGCCUUUAGCUAGCCGGCUAACAUGUAGCUUUAAUACCUGGAUUUUUGCACCAUAAAUCGGAUUUAUCGAGCUGGAAUUUACCCGGACUGCUAUCACAUCUACCACCAUAACACCCUACUAUUGGCAUGUAGUUGAAAGAUUGCUCAAGCCUUUAAUUUUUGCAGACUUAGCUUGCUAGUUAGCUAGCUCCGAGGAAGGACCAACUCGUCGGUACAGCUGAAGGCCGCAUAAAACGCUCUUCGAGACGGCGUGAGCACCAGCGCGAUGCCGCGGCUUCACGUCGGCCUGCGGAUGAUAACAUUCGUAAGCUAACGCUAGCUUUGUAUAACAGGCCGCCUCAGGUAGUCGGUAUAAUCUAUUGAGUCUGCUAAUUAGGCAAAUCACACCUCUAAGCACCUUUUAUAUUUUUUGUAAUUAUGUCACGUUAUUUUAAGCCCAGGGAUCGAACUAGCUAAAGCCGGGUAACCUGCAAAUUUGUUUACAGUGUGUUAGCAUGUAUAUGUGUGCCAGGUACAGUGGAGGGCAAGGAAAUACAUUUUAAAUCAACUUUAGGUACAGGUUUUUUUGCAAUUAUUAGCCACGGCAAUGUAGAUAAGAUGACUUUAGAAGUUGACGUGAUCUAUAGUGAAGGUAAAUGACUGAAACGAGUCUUCAUGGUAGUUUAGCUAAUCUUAGGUUAGUUGGCACAUCUGUUAAAGCCACACAUGUAAACAAGAGCCAUUUAUGUCUUAGUUUGUGUUUCUUUUUAUGCAAGCUGUCACUAAAUACUCAAUUCGUUAAGACACUAAAAUAAUUGUUUUGUUUUGCUUUGGAGCACAUCGAGGCAUAUCAGCCAUUCAUUCAUUCAUGAUUGAUGACCUUUGAGGAAGCAGACUGUCUUUAUUUCCCCCCCACUACAGCUCAACCACUGCAUCCAGUUGGGCUAUCACUAACAGUCUGUGCUGGAGUAUUUAUGUCAAACCACUAAUGUGACCAGGUAAAGGAGGACAUGGAGGACUUUUUUCUAUUUUGAAUGUUAGUUUUAGCAGCACUUUUCUUCGUUAUCCUACUGACACCUCACUGGAAACACCUUGGUGUUGGACUGGGAACAUGAGGAGCACGCUGUUUGAUCAGACCAGCUUCCACGUAUCUUGAAGAUCUGAUCAGAGAGCGCAAACAGAGAGCCCCGAUUGUGUGGACCCGAGACCCGAGUAGGAACGAGAUGGGGAUGGUGAUAAAAGAGGCGCAGUGACGGUGCCGAUCCCCACAGCAGGAAGCAGAGGAGUGAGACAAGGCUACAGACAUGAGUCUACGCCAACCCACCUCCACCUUGGACAGCCCCUUUGCUGCUUGGCUCAGCAGUCUAACCAUUGGGGACUCGGAACGCAAAUCUUCGACCACCCAGCAGAGGGAGCCACUGGCCGACAUCUCUUUAGAGAGCGCGGGUACUGGUCUCGUGCAGAGAUGUGUGGUCGUACAGAAGGACCAGCUCGGUUUUGGCUUUACAGUGUGUGGAGAGAGAGUCAAGCUGGUGCAGAAUGUGCGACCAGGUGGUGCAGCAGUCAAGGCCGGAGUCCAAGAAGGAGACCGCAUCAUAAAGGUGAAUGGCUUGUUGGUGUCCUCCAUGUCCCAUCAGGAGGUGGUAAAGCUGAUCAAAUCUGGACCGUACGUAGCUCUGACACUACAGGGACCUCCCCCACUAGCUGCUACCUUGCCCUUAGAGCCCCUCCCUUCUGACCUCACACCCAAUCAAAGAACCUCUCUUGGUGGGGAGGCUCCGCCUCCUCCAUCACCACCUCUGCCCUCUGGACUGAGCAGCAACUCUUCCCAAAGAAUCACAGGACCCAAACCACUACAGGACCCAGAAGUACAAAAACAUGCCACUCAGAUACUCAGGAAAAUGCUGGAGCAGGAAGAAGCUGAACUGCAGGACCUGAUGGAGGAGCACUUGAGGAACCCUUCGCCGUCGCUGGAGGAGCGGAUUGAAAGUGCCAAGAGGAGGGCGCGCCAAGUCAGGGUGAAGAUUCAGCAAGAUGUGGAGGGAACACGAUCCGAGUCUGUCACGAGCUACGUCAAAGCAGGGGAAGGUCGACUGUCGGUGGACUCGGGCGAAGGCGACAUCGAGGCCUUUGAGAGUCCCCACUCCUCCCCCUCAUCUUCCUUCAGGACCCCCCUUCACCGACGGCAGAGCUCCGACACACACACCCUCUCUGAUUCGGGCGGCAAAGCCCAGAUCAUCGGCCCCGAGGAGGAAUAUGAAGAUGACGGCUACGCAUUCAAUGAAAUGGACGGGCCAUUCCAGGACAUCGAGUUGUUGAAAUCGCGACCAGCGCACAUGACGGUUUUCAUGAGAUACAUCUUCACUCAACUCCUGGACCCCAACCCUCUGCUGUUUUACUUGUCUGUGGAGGCGUAUCUGGGCUCCAGUUCGAAAGACGCCCGAGCUCUUGCACCGCAGAUCUGCUCCCAUUUUCUGGACCCAGACGCUCCCCUGAAAAUCAAAGUACGAGAGGAUUAUCUCGCAGAUAUCGAGAGUCGAUUACACGUCCAGGAGGACAUCAGAGGACCCCUGUCUGAGCUGCAGCAGCAGGUCCUACCGGACAUCCAGGACCAGAUACAGGACUACAGGAGCAAGCAGAUGAUGGGUCUGGGCUCGUUGUUCGGAGAAGGAGACCUGCAGCACCUGGACGGAGACCCGGUGAAGGAGAGACAGGUGGUGGACAAACAGGUCACCGCCCUCUGGGAGAUACUAUCAAAGCACGAAGAAGACCGAAGUUCUCCUCUGGCAUCGGCGGUCCUCCUCUACCUGCGUCACUCUGGCAUCAAACUAAGAGACUCCAAGGUUUUCCCCGGUCUGAGCACAGAGAAGGAGAAGUGGCUCGCUUUCUUAAAGACAAAAAAGCUGACUGGCACCAAGAAAGAGAAAGAUGGAGAGGAUAAGAAGAGAAAUCCCAUCUUGAAAUACAUCGGCAAACCCCGGAGCACAUCACAGUCCACAUUCCAUGUCCCGUUGUCACCCAACGAAGUCCGUCCCGGCAGUGUGAGGAACAUCAUUCAGCAGUUUGAGAAUCACACGGAGACGGGAGAGGAGGGAGACGACGCUGCCGACCCUCAGAGGCUCUCCACCAGCAGCCUGGGAGAAGACAGCAUGGAGAGCAGCCCGACGGUCUCGGUGCGUCUGGCACGCAGCGAGUCGCUGAAGGCGCAGGGGGAGGGGCGCCGGCGGGGCGCCGCCUCGGGAACGGAGUCCGUGCCCCGCUCGCGCAGCGACGUGGACAUGGAGGACUGCGGGGACGAGAGGGAGGGGCCGGGUCUCAGGCCGCUGCAGCACAGCGCUUCGUCGUCGGCGUCCAGCAGCUCUGCGCGGUCUCUAGAGAACCCUACACCCCCAUACACCCCGCGGUCUCGACGCAGGAGCGUGGACUCUCCGCUGGCCCUGCUGCCGGACGCCGCGGCGCUAGAAGAGGAGGUGUGUGACGCGCAGAACUGGCAGGACACGGUGUCUCCUCAGCUCCUGGCCACGCUCAGCCCCAGAGAAGUGGACAGACAGGCCGUUAUAUACGAGCUCUUCACCACGGAAGUGUCCCACCUGAGGACCUUGCGCGUCCUUGACCAGGUCUUCUUCCAGAAGAUGAGGUCGGUCCUGAACUCCGAUGAGCUGGCGUGCAUCUUUCCGAACCUGCCGCAGGUCUACGAGCUCCACGCAAGUCUGUGCGAGGCGAUGAAGAAGCGAAGAGAAACUGCCGUCGUUCAGGACAUCGGGGACGUCAUGUUGGCCAGGUUUGAAGGCGCCGCCGGAGAAGAGUUUCAGGAGCAGGCGUCCCAGCUGUGCAGUCAGCAGUCUCAGGCUCUGGAGCUCAUCAAGAACAAGAAGCGCAAAGACUCUCGCUUCACCCAGGUCAUCCAGGAGUGUGAGUCGAGUCGACACUGUCGCAGGCUGCAGCUCAAAGACAUGCUGGUGUCGGAGAUGCAGAGACUCACGAAAUAUCCUCUGCUGCUGGACAACAUCAUCAAACACACAGAAGCGGCUUCGUCGGACCUUCCCUCGCUGCAGCGCGCCCAGACUUGUUGCCGAGGGAUACUGCAGGUUGUCAACGAGGUCGUCGGGGAAACGGAACAGCGGCAGCGCCUCAGCCAAUAUCAGCGCAGGCUGGAUGCGGCCCCUCAAUUCAAGAGUUUGGACCUGAACUCAAAGAGACUGAUCCAUGAAGGUCCUCUCACCUGGAAAGUGAGCAAAGAUAAACAGAUAGAGAUCCAAGCGCUGCUGCUGUCCGACUGCCUCGUCCUCCUUCAGAGAGGCCCCGACGACCGGCUGCAGCUGCGGUAUCCAUCCCGCUGGCUGGGAGGAGGCGGGGGAGGAGGCGGGGACAGCAAGACCUCCUUCAGCCCGGUGGUGAAGUUGGACUCGCUGCUGGUCCGCUCGGUAGCCACAGACAACAAAGCCCUGUACAUCAUCAGCACCGCAGAGAGGCAGAUCUAUGAGCUGGUGGCUGGGACGGCGUCAGAGAAAAACACGUGGAAGGAAUUACUCGAAAAGACUGUCUCGUCUGCGGAUGGCUCGUCACCUCUGAUCAAUCAUGGAUCCAUACCAAUACCUUCCCCCAGUAUACGCAGUGCAUCGCCAGUCUCAGCGGGCAGCAACGCCUACGCAGAGAGCUCAAUGACGGAGCACUCACAUUCCAUGGAGACUCAUUCCUCCAACAACGACGUGGGGCUCUCCGACGACGCCUCCAUGGACCAAUCGGGAGCCUUCAUCUGCGGAGAAAGGCCGGCAGCGUGUGUAGCAGAGGCUGCUUUGCAGGACGUGGAAACGCUGCGGCGGCUCAUACUGCGAGACCUGGAAGACGACGGUUGGAGCCACGACUCGGACGACACGCCCACCAACGAGACGGCCAACGAGGGCGAGAGACAGCGACCCGGGUCUUCGGAGACGGUCCUCGGCUGCGACGGCGCCGACGUCUUGGAGGCAGAGGAGGCACCAGAAGAGGCUCCGCCCCCGCACCGCAAGCAGCCCAUCGUUCAGGUCGUGAGGAAAGCUGUGGUUGCGGGUCCUACUCCUCCUCCUCCUCCUCCUUCUUCUUCUUCUGUCCCUGACGGCAUCACUGAUGAUGUCACCCUCCCCUCCGACCAGUCGUCCAAGCCGAGAGGCGGGGCCACUACGCAGGGCAACAUGUUCUACUUGGUGAUGCCGACAGAGCAGGGUGAAAGCGUCACCGAUGACCUCAGCGUUCCACCCGCGCCCACCGCCGCUAACUCCCCUCGGCCUGUGGAGGGAGCGACGUCGCCGGUCUGUGGUCCACCGGAGCGCGACCGAUCGGAGGCUAAGCAACUGGAGCAGGAAGAAGAAGAAACAGGUCGAUUUCUGACUGGGAACCAGAGUCACAUGAUCAAGAACGUGGACGAGAUUUUCCACACGAUUGAGGGGUUGAUGAGCAAGUUGCGUCAGCUGAAGGAAAUAGAGAAGGCUCAUCACAAGCUCUUGAAAACCCUCACCGAGCCGUCUGUCAAUCAGGAAUCAGGGGACCAACAGUGUCACUCGGCAACCGUCUCCAGGACGCCAUCUCUGGAUCGUGGCUCAGGCGAUGGAAAAGAAGGAAGUCCGGCAGAACCCAGGAUUCAGUCGACAGGAUUCUGAUGGAUUCUUAUGUGGAGUGGAUUAACUCGCAGACGGACAUAUCUACAUAUGCAACUACUGUCAGACUUGGCCACUGUAGCUCCGCCUCCCUUUGCCCCCUUGUCCCUGCAUGCGCCGACCAGUGAAGCGGAACCUUUGCGGAACGACUGUAGCCGUUUUUCUUUCCAUUUUUGUUUCCCACCGCUCACCAACAAUCUGGUCAGACUCAUUUAAGGGGCGUCGACGCAAAACUACGCAAUGCAAACGUCUACCGCAGCAAGAGGGAGUCGAGGGGGAUGUGAAGGAUGAAGGAACAAAAAAAAAGGGCAGAAGACAAGUUGAGGAAAGCGAAGCGAUGGAGGAACUGAAAGUAAGAGGGAGGGAAAAAAAUGACCAAGUUGGAUAUUUGUGAAGGAAAGACAGACGUGUAGAGAAGCAGGGACGUGUUGAAAAUGUUAA